AUGGCUCAGCUGCCCUUCGAACUCGUCGAGAUUAUCAUCUCCGAGUUUUGGUACGCUGAACAUCCGUCUGACGACCGUAUUGCCUUCAUGACUGGAUGCCCCCUUCUAUGCAGGGUUUGGAGGGACGUCUAUGCUACUAUCACAUCCCAAGACAUCCACGUUCCAACUCAAGGAUACCUAUUCUACCUCAGCUCUAUCAUCCGUACCAAAAGGUCUUCCAUCUAUCGCCCUUUUCUCUCCAAAUCUACCCGUACGAUCACUUGUCAUGUCGAUCUCAUCGAAUCAAACGACGACCCAGCCUUGUUCCCAUACAUAGUGUUCUGCCACAUGCCCAAUUACGCCGGCUUUCGCAAAUGUUUUCCCGAUAUCCAGUGCAUCAACCUCGAAAUCAAGCUCCUUGGAAGGCCAUGGAAAGUGUUUAACCGAAUCAUCCGAACUCGAGUCUCCAUAAGACUUGAUGAACUGUUUUCGCUUAGUGCGCUACCCGUAGAUUGGUACAUCACGAUUGACGAUGCUCCGGAUAUCGGCGAAGUUAAUCCCAGUAAACUCAAGCAUUCAUGGUCAGACUUCCUCGGCGAGUUGGUCCGCGAUAUGUGUCAGUACAGUUUGCAGCUAAGAGGCAUGUCGAAAAUAGUCUCCUAUAACUCGGUAGCAGAAGGUUCGACGUGCUUUGGCGGUACUCGUCAUUUCCGCCAUCGCACCUACUGUGAAGAACGAAAUGAAGAUAUAUGGGGUAUUAACCGCCGUUUCUGGAAGGCGGGAAGAACACUCACGAAUGUCAAGACCUUUUUUUCUGGCCUAUUCGAUGAUCUAUUUUGGAACAAUUGUUCAGACGCCAAGUUUCCCAUGUGGAGAUUCCACUGCAACACGGAACAAGGGUCUCUAGGACCUCGAAUCCCUGAUGGAAGAGCCUUUACCAUGAAAAACGGCGUCAUAGUUACUUCAAUAAAGGAGCAGGAAGCCACCAUUCGAGCUAUUGUCCGUGAUGUUAUUUAUGCUCCCGGAUGCAUCUCAGUUUGCAACAUGCAUUUAGAGGUUAUGAGCACCAUCAAGAAAGAUAAAGCCUCUCUGCGAUUUGCGAACAUCUUCGGAAGUCCGGUACGCGAACGAGCCCUCAUGAGGACAAUUGAACGCCACUGCGCUAGCGUUCGGGGGAGGUUCAAGGAGAUGAUUUUCAAGAGCGUUCCCAACGUUCCCCUCGACAUUUUCACGCUCGAAAUGAAUCAAAAAUUUCGCCACUUUUGUCCCGCACCCACAACGACAGCGGCUGCCAUCCUGGAGGAAAACACAGCACGUCGCAAUGCACUUCUGAGAAAUUUCGUACAUGAGCAUCCGCUUUUCAGAUAUGAGCCUGAUGCAGAUGAUAUUGAGCGGGAGAUGGACAAAGCGCGGUCGUUGGGAGAACCUCUACGAAUGAACAAGAGAAUGCACCUCGUCAAGGCUAAGGGCUAA